AUUUUUAUGGUUUUGUUUAGGUCGAAUCGCUCCGGAAGUCUCUCCUCUUUUUGGUCUCCUUCGAAGGGCAACAAACUGAUCACGUGACCCGGGUGCCCUUGGCUCCCGAAUUUGGUCGGACAUGUGAAGCGAGCCGUCGACCGCCGCAAUCAUGUCCUUCCCUUACAAAACCGGCGGUAAGGCGUUCGAAGCCUUGCGGAACCUGCCGCGCAUAUCCCUGGGCAGCCUGCGCCCCGAGCCCGGAGCCAGUAAGAACGGAAGACGCCGGGGCAGGGGCCAGCACGGCGGCAACCGCAGCGGCCGAGGACACAAAGGAGAGCGGCAGCGAGGCACCCGGCCUCGCCUCGGCUUCGAAGGGGGACAGACGCCCUUCUACCUGGCCAUCCCCAAGUACGGCUACAAUGAAGGCCACAGCCGGCGUCCUCAGUACCAGCCGCUGUCCCUGCGGCGCCUCCAGUACCUCAUCGACCUGGGCCGCGUGGACCCCGAGCGGCCCAUCGACCUGACGCAGCUGGUCAACGGCCGCGGCGUCACCGUGCAGCCGCUCAAACGGGACUACGGCGUGCAGCUGGUGGACGAGGGUGCCGAGCUCUUCUCAGCCAAAGUCAACAUCGAAGUCCAACGCGCGUCCGAGAAAGCCAUCGCCGCCGUGGAGAGGAACGGCGGCGCGGUGACCAGCGCCUUCUACGACCCGAUGAGCCUGACCAUCCUCAUCCAACCCGUCCCGUUCUUCCAGCGCGGCCGGCCCAUCCCCAGGCGCGCGCUCCCCGGCGAGGACCUGCUGCCGUACUACGUGGACCCCGAAAACCGCGGCUACCUGGCGCACCCCGACGACGUGCAGCGGGCGCGCCUGGCCCUGGCGCAAAAGUACGGCUACGCUCUGCCGGACGUUUCAAAAGACCAAAUGUACGCCAUGCUGGCCGCCCGGAAGGGCACCCGGCAGAUCUUCUUCGGACUCUCUCCGGGGUGGAUCGUCAACAUGCCCGAAAAGAAGAUCCUUAAACCGUCAGAUGAGAAACUACUCAAGUACUACAGCUCCUAGUGGACACGUGUGUGUUUUUUUUUUUUUUUUUUUGCACCGGAGUCUGUUUCCGGUCUAAAAACCGCAUCAGGGGGACUGGUGCACCAAUAAAACAAAGGUACUCACCCGGCGGCGUGCGCACUCCCUCCUCUUUCCUCGGAACUUGUGUUGAAUCAGUGUCAGGAUUACGCAGAGGGAUCCUCGGGGAUUCUGACCCCGCGGAUGGCGAACCGCAGGUUUGAAACUACGGCGGCCAUUAUGAAACGUCUGGAAACUCCUUUUAAGGCAAAACGUUCCGAGCGGAACAGGUGAGCGGGAAAUCAAGACAAGUCCGAAGAAUGAAAACAGGAAACAGAUGCCCGCGCCGUGUGAGCGACUUCGCAACUUUUGAAAUUUAGUCACGUCACGGCAGCUGCAUCCUGCAUCCCCGCGCUCGACUUUCUUCUUCUUCUGCCCGACACAAUCAGAAGCAAACAUACAUCCGAGCGCGUCGGGAUGCUUACGACCGCGGCGACGCUCACUUCGACGCACGCGUUCGCGUUAUCGGGUGUUUUCCGAUGACUCGCUUCUCGGGCAUUUGUUCGUCCCUGAAACUAAUUUCAACAUCUGGAUUUUAAACAGUUUACAGAGUUUAAAAAAAAAAAAAACUUUUAAGUUUUCUUGUUUUAGUUCAAGAAAAUUAGCUUUUGCAUUUCAAAUCGUCCAUUCAUUUUCUCAGCCGCUUAUCCUCACGGGGAGGGCGCGCAAACCUCCGCACAGUCGGGUCCGGGUUUGAACCCGAGACUCUUUCCAGCGGAGCCACUGUCGACUUUUAAAAAUUCAAUGAACAUUUUAAAUUUUUUUAUAUAGUACCGUAAUUUCCGCCCUAUGAGCUGAAAUCAUAAAUAAAAUGAUAAUCAACAAAGAAAAGGUUGAUGGAUGUGACACCCCGUGGCGACGCCUAACGGGACAAGCCGAAAGGAAAAGAAGAAGAAGAAGCCGACGCGACUUUUCGCAUGCUUUCAACCUUGCGUGUAUGCGGCUAAUUUCUGCAUUUUUUUUUUCUAACGGCCGCAAGGGGGCACUCUAGCGGAAAAGGUAAGCGUGAGACCGGUGGAAUAUAUGUGCCGAGGAAGUGACUUUUACCGGUCAAGGCCCUGUUAAGCGCCGCGCUAACGUGUUAUUGCUGCGUCUCAGUGCUUUUUUUUUUUUUAACCAGUAUUAUGGAAGUAGAUUAGUGCCACCGGGAUUGUCGCUAGCGUUAGCGUUAGCACAGUGGCGCUACCAUUUAAACUCUGUGUACCGUUUUUCUUUGUCAAUAUCUCGCAUUUCAAUGUGGCCACUUGCGGGUUUUGCACCGCUGCGCCGUAUUUAUGUACCAAAUGGUAUUUCCUUUACAAAUGUACCGGGUGAGGCUAAUAACCCGGUGCGCUCUGUCGGCCAUAAAGGAAAAUCGCACAUAAAAAGGUAUUACAUGCACAGGUAUUUAUUUGCUACUAUAUAUUUUAUUUCUAUUGGGGAUACUUUUUUUAUUUUGUUAUAUUACUAUUUUUAAUCUAUAUUACAUGUACCAUAAAAAAGGAAAAAAAAAAACACAGUUCUACAUUUCCUUCAGCUCGAAAUUAUUAUUAUUAUUGUUUUUUUUUGCGCCUUUAAAAGUUCAGAGAGCGACUCGGACCUCGCGUUUAUUUAGUCUAAACGGCAGGCGGGCUAUAAAUAAGCGACGCAUUUGAUGGUCCUUUUAUCAAAGGAAACAUAUGUUUGCGCGUUCAUAUUCCCCCCCCCCCCCCCGCCGAAUUAGCGCAGAACCAGAUCCGGUUUUCGGAGGGAGUUCUAACAGCGCAGAUUCAAUUUUUUAUUGAUUUAUUCGGCGGGUGGGUUUUUUAUUAUUAUUAUUAUUGGGUUUUGCGGUUAAACGUGAGUGGCCGCGCGCAGCCCCGAGGGGGGAAAUGCAAAAA